CCCAUCGCAGUGUGCAAGCAGCACUCAGCUGAUGGUAGGAGUGCCGCUUGCAGACAAGAGACAGGAUCCAUGGCAACAAACAUGGCAGAGGCAGAGACCCGUCAGAGGCUGCUGCGCACCGUCAAGAAGGAGGUGAAGCAGAUUAUGGAGGAAGCCGUCACCAGGAAAUUUGUUCACGAAGACAGCAGCCAUAUCGUGUCCUUUUGUGCUGCAGUGGAGGCAUGCGUUCUGCACGGGCUGAAACGGCGAGUGGCGGGCUUCCUGCGAAGCAACAAGAUAGCAGCGCUGUUCAUGAAGGUGGGGAAGAGCUUCGCCCCGGCUGAGGAGCUGUGUAGGAAGGCCCAGGAGCACGAGCAGAUCAUCGAGACAAAACGCAGUCAGAGCUUGCAAAGUCAAGACAGCCUUCGCAAGAUGCCUCGACUGCCCAGCCUCAGCCCACAGGGAGUCAAGAACCUGUGGAUCCGGACGGCUCUGUUUGAGAAGGUGCUGGACAAGAUUGUUCUGUUCCUGGUGGAGAACAGCAGUAAAUACUACGAGAAAGAGGCCGUUCUCAUGGACCCUGUGGAUGGACCUAUCCUUGCCUCUUUGUUAGUGGGACCUUGUGCUUUGGAGUACACAAAGAUGAAGACAGCCGACCACUUCUGGACAGACCCGUCUGCUGACGAGUUGGUGCAAAGACAUCGCAUCCACGGCGGCCACUGCAGACAGGAUUCCCCCACUAAGAGGCCUGCACUGUGUAUCCAGAAGCGACACUCCAGCAGCAGCAUGGAUGAACGUCCCUCUCCAUCGCCAUCAGCUCGUGAAUACGUGGAGUCCCUGCAUCAAAACAACAGGGUGACUCUCCUGUUUGGCAAAAACAACGUGCUUGUACAACCGAGGGAUGACAUGGAGGCUAUCCCAGGGUACCUCUCUCUGCACCAGAACGCCGACAUCAUGACCCUGAAGUGGACACCCAACCAGCUCAUGAACGGCUCUGUUGGAGACUUGGACUACGAACGCAGUGUAUACUGGGACUAUGCCAUGACGAUCCCUCUGGAGGAGAUAGUUUACUUGCACUGUCAUCAACAAGUUGACAGUGGGGGGACAGUGGUGCUGGUCAGUCAGGAUGGGAUCCAAAGACCUCCUCUUCGCUUCCCCAGAGGAGGCCACUUACUUCAGUUCCUCUCCUGCCUGGAGAACGGCCUGCUUCCCCACGGCCAGCUGGAUCCUCCACUCUGGUCCCAGAGGGGAAAGGGAAAGGUGUUUCCCAAGCUGCGGAAGAGGGUUCCUCAGGGAUCUGGAUCUACAGACUCGGUCUCGGAUAAGGAAGAGGACGAGGCCACAGACUAUGUCUUCCGCAUCCUCUUUCCAAACAGCCAGUCGGAGUUUGUGACUCCUCCAGACUUGAUGGAUCAGGGAGCUACGAUGUGGCAUCCCACUCUCAGGAAGUCUUCGUGUUCCUCUUGUUCUCAGGGGAGCUUCUCUGAUGGGGUGACACCCAAAGGGUGCAACCACGAGAGGGCUCCUCUGAAGCUGCUGUGCGACAACAUGAAGUAUCAGAUCAUCUCUCGGGCAUUUUAUGGCUGGCUGGCAUACUGCCGUCACCUGUCCACCGUGCGUACACACCUCUCUGCUCUCGUCAAUCACACCAUUGUGGCGCCCGACGUGCCGCGUGACGCCUACAAAGGGCUCACCACAGACGUCUGGCAGGCGUUCCUCCAAGACUGCACAGCAUACGAGGAGAAGGAGCUGCUCCGCAUGGUCUACUUUGGCGGUGUGGACGCCUCGCUGCGUAAAGAGGUGUGGCCUUUCCUGCUCGGUCAUUAUCAGUUCGGGAUGUCAGAAGCCAAGAGGAAGGAGGUGGAUGAGCAGGUCCGAGUGUGCUACCAGCAGACGAUGCGUGAGUGGCUCGGCUGUGAGGAGAUCGUCCGGCAGAGGGAGAAGGAGCAGCAUGCUGCAGCGUUGGCAAAGUGCAUCUCUGGAGCGAGCAUGGACAGUUCAAGUCAGAAGAUGAUCCACCAUGACUCCACUGUCAGCAAUGAGUCCCAGUCCUCCCAGAGCUCAGACCGGCAGAGUCUGGCUCGCCUGCAGAGUGACUCCAGUAGCAGCACACAGGUGUUUGAGUCCGUAGAGGAGGUGGACCAGAUCGAGACGGAGCCCAAGAACGAAGAGGCCAAACAAGUGCCAAAGAUGCCCAACGGAGCUCUGCAGAACGAGACAAGCUCUCCUGACUCUGGACAUCCCUCUUCCCGCAAUUUCUCUGUCACCUCCGGCCUGUCGGACGGCUCACUCAGCACAGAGGACAGUGGUGCGCCUGAUACAACCCCGAGAUCUGCAGCUGUCCCUCAGGCACCGCAGAGCCCUGUCAAACCUGCAGGGGUAGAGAGUGAUGGUCUGACAGAGGACAGACAGGUGAAAGGUAAAGUGAAGGGCAAAGAAGAAGAAGUGGAGGAGGGAAAAGCUGCUGAUGCAACCAAAAGUGCAGAAAAUACCAAGACUGAGAUGACAGGCAACAUGAACCAACCAUUGAAAGAGGAGCUGGUGAAGGAACCUAAAAUACAAGAAACUGUGGAGGAGUCUGGAGCAAUUAAAACAGAAGGACCCAAGUGUGAAGAUAAAGACCUGGCAGACAUUAAAGGAUCUUUAGAGUCAGGAGAAACAGAUAUAGAAACGUCUGGUGUGGAUACUAUGAUGGUGUCUGCUGAGAAAGAAGUAGAAGUGAAUAAUGAGGAGACAUCAAAGCUCGAAAAGACUGCAGAAACAAAUGUGGAAAUGGAAAAAUCAAAGACAACUAAACCACAAGAGGUUUCAUUGGCAGACAGGAAAGAAAAUAUAUUCAUAGAUCCUGCAGCUCCUGAAGUUGAAAAGAACCUGGUUUUCUCAGCAGACUCAGAGGCCUCGAGAGCAAGAGAAACUUACUUUACGUCUCAGAAAGACGAGGCUCAGGUCAUGACCGAAUCUGAUGAGUCUCCCUCAGCCAUAGAGAUGGAGGAGAUCCCCAAAGCCAAAGUUUCCAUGGUGCCUUGGAGCAGGAAGGGACGUUGUGAAGCAUCGUCUUUCUCUGAAGACUCAGCCCCUCACGUGGAGCUCAGGCAGGAGGAGGAGCAGGGAAAGCCCAGUCCAGAGGGCACAGAGUCCAUCCUGUCAGAGGAGCCGGAGAUGGAGAGCCUUUACCCAAACUUUGACUCUCUGACCGAGUCUGAAACCACCAAGAAUGAAGCGACGUCUCAAGAAUCUACUGGGAGCCCCUUCUCUCAAGAGCUUUUGGACUUGUACACGUUAAAUCUUCACCGCAUUGAAAAAGAUGUCCAGCGCUGCGACAGAAACUAUUGCUACUUCACUCCUGCCAAUCUGGAGAAACUACGCAACAUCAUGUGCAGUUAUAUCUGGAGGCACCUCGACAUCGGUUACGUACAGGGCAUGUGUGAUCUGCUGGCUCCACUAUUAGUCAUUCUGGAUGAUGAGGCCAUGGCCUUCAGCUGUUUCACCGAGCUCAUGAAGAGAAUGAAUCAAAACUUUCCACACGGAGGAGCUAUGGACACUCACUUUGCCAACAUGCGCUCUCUGAUCCAGAUCCUGGAUUCAGAGCUGUUUGAGCUAAUGCACCAGAACGGAGACUACACCCACUUCUACUUCUGCUACCGCUGGUUUCUCCUAGACUUCAAGCGAGAGCUGGUGUAUGAUGACGUUUUUGCAGUCUGGGAAACCAUCUGGGCAGCCAAGUAUGUCUCUUCUAAUCACUUCGUCCUCUUUAUUGCUCUGGCGCUGGUGGAGAUCUACAGGGACAUCAUCCUGGAGAACAACAUGGACUUCACUGACAUCAUUAAGUUCUUCAAUGAAAUGGCUGAGCACCACAGCAUAAAGCAGAUUUUGACCCAGGCCAGAGAUCUGGUGUACAAGGUGCAGAUGCUGAUAGAGAACAAGUGAUUGUGCUGUUUGUCUUCUUUUGCUUCCAAGUAAAGUGUGAACGGCUGUAGCAGCACAAGAGUAAAAAACACAUAUGAACACACAUACCCACACACACUACACAGUUACAAUCACAUUUUGCUGCUAUGAGCCUUAUUGACUGUAUCCACAAUGUUGUUUGUGUCGUCAACAGGUGUAUGAGAAUAUUACGCUUCAUAUUUGUCAGUAUGUUCAAGUGAAAACAAACGUAGCUGAAGUAACGUUUCCCUUAAGUGUCCAUCUUAAUACGAGUGCACUUAAUAUUUUGAGAUAAGGAUGGUUUUAGUUGCACAUUUCAAACCAAAAUGCAGAGAUGAAUUCAACUAGAGACUAUAUUUAUGAGAAGAAAAAAUACAUUGUGAUAAUAGUUUAUAAUAAUUAUUUUAAUAGUCAAAGUCUACAAGACUAAACUUUAAAUAUAUGAGCAAGUUAUCGCCCUCUUCCUGUCCUUUAAUGAAGGAAAGAAUGUCAGCAAACUUUUCAUUUUCUACAACACCCCUAAAGUCAAAUCAACACUGGCUUUUAGUCAAAAAUGUAACUCUGUUAUGUUCAACACAAAACAUUAGUAAUAAUUUAGCUUUUAGCACCAUGUCAGUGAUUUUAGCAUCCAACAGUGUUUUUAAUGUCCUUGAACUGCUUGUCUGCCAAAUAGUAUGUCUGUAUUUGUUAUGUGUGAACUGUACUGUACCGAGAGACAAAAAUGUGUUUUAUCUUAUGAGGAUUAUAUUAUGUUAACACUUGUAAAAUCAUAACUGAAUAUUUAAGUGACUUAUGGAUGUCUGGGUGGAGAUUUAUAUAAAGCAACAAGCCUGAUUUCAGUUAUUUUUCAUUAUCCAGUGAACCACUGUAUAUUUUGUAAAUUGUGCAGUUUAUUCACAUUGAUUUAUUUAUUUAUAUUUUUUGUCUUGUGUUGUCCGCUGCCUGUUUGUUGGAUCAAACAUUAAUUCCAGCUUGAUUAUGGAAGAUCAGAUGAUGAUGACAGUGAUAAUAUUUAGUCACAGUGACCAAAUGAAAAGUUUCGUGGUUCAACGCUAUUCGUAUUCUUUAGUGUGAGAGUAAACACAGAGAUGAAAAUGAGAGGUACAAAUGUUCAAAAUGAACUGAUGUUAUGAGGGAAACUGUUGAUAUUUUGGCAGAUUUGGGGCUUAUGAGGACAUAAUAUAUAUAUAAAUAUAUAUGCGUUUAACCCUUAAAGUUACCGACAUUAUUCUUGUCUUUCAUCACCUCAAACAUCACUCAGUUGUUCUUCUCAGUGUUGCUUCAUGAAUGUGAUCAGAUGCAUUUAAUAUCGGUGUUUUCUUUGUGAAUGCUUACUGCUGUCAGAAAAAAAACUAUUUUAAUUUAUUGUAACAUAUUUGUUUGGCAAAAGU